AUGACUCCUCCGACUGUCCCCGCAAACUGUCGCCUCAGUUGUCCAAAUUUACUAUGUCCCCAGUCAUUCCCACAGCCCCCCAGUUACUCACAGCCAAAUGUCUACCAGUCUCUGCCUCCACCUCCAGGCUACCAAGUCACCAACCCCAUAACCCCCGAACGCCGCCCUAACGGGUCCACAACCACCCCUCGCCCCACGCACCCCGCCAGCCCCGCCCCCGCCCCCACACUCGUCCGGACAGGCCCCCGCUCACUCACCUCACUACCCGUCACCGAGCCCCACGGCCCCUUCAGCAGGCGUCGGCCCCCAACCGCUCUCAGCCCCGCUCCCUCCAGCGCCCUCCGCGCAGGCCCAGUCACCCAUCCCCGGAGUCCCCUGCUCCGAUCCCGCGUGACCGGCCCGCUCUGCCCCGCCGCCCCAGACCCCACUGGCCCCACACGCUGCCCUGACCCGCAGAACGCGCACCGGGGGCACCGCGGGGCCCGCGCGGACACCGAGGCCGCCCCAGCCCCGCAGCCCGCCCGCUCCCCACACGGCCUCCCCCUCCGGCCAGUAGUACCAAGGUUCGCCCGGCCCACCGCGGAACCGUGCGCGCAGCACUACAUUUCCCAGAGUGCCGCUCGCCCCAGAACUACAUCUACCAGAGGGCUCCGCGGCGCGCCUGGCCCUAUAAACUCCCAGGGCUUUUCACCAGUUGCCUGGUUGCAGGGCGCCGGCCGAGUGUACACGCGCUGGUGA